AUGUCUUCGUUUGCCACCAUACCCAAGACCAUGAAAGCCGUCGUCACCGAAAAGACCGGAGGCCCUGAUGUUCUCAGGUUUACGACGGAUCAACCCGUCCCGACGCCCAAAGAGAACGAAGUGCUGGUCAAGAACCAUCUUGUUGGCGUCAACUAUAUCGAUAUCUACUUCCGCACGGGUCUCUACCCGGCACCCAAACCCGAAAUUGGUGGGCGUGAGGCUGUCGGCGAGAUCGUAGCUACAGGCUCCAAAGCUACCAAAUAUGGGUUGAAGGCUGGGGAUCGUGUCGUGUGGCUGGGUGUGUCAGCGUAUGCAGAGUAUUCCGCCGUGGCAGUGGAUAAGGUGAUCAAGGUGCCCAGCGGGGUAUCAGACGAAGAUGCAGUGGCAGGUAUGCUGCAGGGUUUGACUGUGGUUGGACUGGUGGAAGAAGCGUACAAGGUGAAACGGGGCGACACGGUGCUGGUACACGCCGCAGCCGGUGGUGUUGGCUUGAUCCUUGUGCAGGUUCUCAAGAGGAUCGGGGCGCGGGUUGUUGCUACGGCUGGAGGAGAGGAGAAAUGCAAGUGGGCAAAGGACGCUGGAGCAGAUGUAGUCAUUGAUUACCGGAAGCCCGGUGUUGACUGGGUUAAAGAGGUCACGACGGCUACGAACGGGGAGCUUUGCGAAGCUGUAUACGACGGGGUUGGGAAGGAUACGUUUGAUGGCAGUCUAGAGGUGACCAAGAGGAAGGGGACUCUUGUCAGCUUCGGGAAUGCCAGUGGUGCGGUUCCACCAUUUGCCAUCUCGUGA